CCCAUUUAUUCUAAUGAAAAUAGAUCAAACGGGACAUCAUUAAUUUGUUAAAACAUAAGGUCGCUACCAUUUCAAUCACCUGCUCUUGUGCUUGUGGUCUUAUAACAUUAUUAAGUCCAACGAAAUCAAACGGUACAGUCGCAUAUCGCCAAAAUCUACAGAUAUGAUGGAAUAUUCGUACUUAGGACAAAACACUUUCGAUGCUGCCAAUUGUACUCUACCGGGAAUGGACAACCCUUUAGCUAGUUGCAGUAUCCCUUGUAGUUAUGGGGAUAGUAAUCCCUUCGGUCAAAUGGCUGCACAAGGAUAUCGUUAUAAUGGGGUGCGGACAUUCCCGCCUAAUCCAGCUAUGUCGUCUGCUAACUGUAGUAUGGUUCCUCGACCACGAGAACAUCCACAGGCUCCUGUUUUCCCUUCUGAGUAUGGUGACAGCUAUGCAGCAUCCACACUCGGCUUUGUUGCCCAGUCAAAAAGGCUAUCCUAUAAAAUGUAUCCUCAUAGUCAUGAAAGUGGUCUGAGUCCAGAAAAACGAAAACAAAGAAGAAUACGAACAACAUUCACCAGUGCCCAAUUAAAAGAAUUAGAGAAAGCUUUCUCAGAGACACAUUAUCCAGAUAUAUAUACAAGAGAAGAAAUAGCAAUGAAAACUGAUUUGACUGAGGCCAGAGUACAGGUCUGGUUUCAAAACCGACGUGCCAAGUUUAGGAAAGUAGAGCGAGCAAAGCAGCAACAACAAUCUGCAUCCUCCACACCAGCGACAACAAUAAAACAGGAACCUAAUGCAAGCAACAAUACAAACAACUCUAAUAACAACAAUAACAACACUAAGGAAAAGCAUAAACAGCCAGAGGAAACUUCAAACAAAACUUUGUCAGAAAGUUCUAAAUGGACAAGCAAUGUGUCGAGUAAUAAAGUAGCAACCUCCUUGAGUGGAGCACCAUCAUUACCUGGUCCGUACUCUGGUAUCCUUUCAGCACAUUCAUCUGAAUACCCUAAUGUUCCAGCUUUAGAAAAAGCAACAUCGUUGGCAGCAGGUUUGUUUUGAAGAGAACGGGACAGAAAGGGGAAAUAACUGCUACUAAUUUAUGUUGUGUUGAUAACGUUCACGUUCGUUGGCAGAAUAUUGACUGUACCUAAAGAGGAUAUAAAGUCCGAGGAUUGUAUUAUAUACUUCGUGUUCUAAGAUACAUCCAUUGUGCCAAUACUUUGAAUUGAUUAUGUUUGUAUAUAAUUGUACAUCGAUACUGGUUCAGAGAUAUGAUAGUGUUGUGGAAAGUACAUGUUGAGUGUUUACAGCACACAGAGUGAAACUUAAUACAUUGAUGUGAAAGAACAGUUAUUUGGACUUAUAUACGUGAAAGAGUGCCAUCAGUAAAGGGGACAAAUAUGUAGAAAGGGACGUUCUUGUGUACUUAUAGUUAUAAACUGAUGCUCUUUAGCACUUACAUAAAGAAGGCAUAAUUACUAUUGUUCCUUAUAAAUUAUGUUCAAUAUCGUUUUGAUACAUAUUAUUUACAUUUUUACUGCAACCAGCAUUUCACAUGUCAGCUGUAAAAAUCAUGAUACAGCAAAUACUGCAUACCUCUUAGAUUUUAUGUACAUAGUUAAAAGCUAUUUUAUGUUUGAAUAUAUCGUAUAUGAUAUACGUGGUGUCAGUUAUUAUAACAGAUCAGUAUUAUAUAAUUUUUUUAUAAGAGCAUUUUAAUUUAUUUUUAUCAACGAUAUGACCCUUACAGUAUUAUUUUUAUGUGCCAAAAAUAUAAAGUCAGUUGAAUGUAGAGUAUACAAACUUGUCUAAAGUUUGUGUAUUAUAUAUAUUACAGCUUCCGUAACACACUAUACCAAAAACUAAUGAAUUGUAAUUACUUUAUGUUUCAUUUUUAUUGUUUAUUUGUGAAAUGUAUUAUGAAAAAGUCAAUUUUAUUUUUAUUGCAAUAUUUCUAAUCGAAAAUAAGUGGUGAUAUUGAAAAAAGGCAAGAGCCGGUGUAUUAUGAAAGUGAUUAUGUUUGUCCUGUGUGUAAUUCUCUUAGUCUUAGAUAUGUCUUGUGCUUUGAU